AUGCAAAAAGGAGAUCACAGAAAGUAUAUGCAGGAUGGCAGCAGUGUUGUGUCUGAUGAGAAGUGUUGGCUCUAUCGAGCCCUGCUGAAGUAUCUGGACGCCUGCUCACUGAAUGCAGACAGCUGGGAAUAUAACCUACAUGUGGGCCGUUUGCUGCUACUGCAAGGGAAAAGCAAUGAGGCACUGAAGCACCUUCAGACUGCGCUGAGCCUUCAGCCCUGUCAGCCAGCUAUCAGGUUUUAUACUGGCUUGGCCCUGCUGCAGCAGAAAGAGGCGGCUGCAGCCUCCGAGCGUGAGGUUGAGUUGUUCCUAACUCAAGGCCUGGAAAAUGUCAUGGGUCAAUUCUUUGUCUCACAUGAUCACAAGGAACGAGAGCAGUGGGACACUGGAUACGAUUGGUCCGUUGUGAAUGCUCAGUUUCUACGUGGUUGUCUCAGUUUGGCGGCCUUGCUUUCCAAAAACUCACCCUCUGACCAGGCCUUGAGUCCAGAGCAAGUGUAUCACAUCGUCUCUGGGCUUGCGGCGCAGGGCAUCAGCAGGUGUGUGAAUGCGGGUGAGGUGCUUCAGCAGCUGGAGUGGGUGCUGCUGGAUGCUCAUUUUUCUCUGCUGCAAGGCCUCAUUCUGCAGGAAAGAAACAGCAAACAGCCCUGGAUAGUGAAAAGAUGUCAGGCUCUCACGUCUUUGAUACGGCUCUCAUCCAUCGGCCCCUGUAGGGAGCUUCUGGACUUGCAGGAGAAGGUCUGUCAGAUGGGAGUGCUGGCGGUGCCCCGCUGCAGUCGUGCUCUGUGUCUGCUGGGAUUGGCACAGCUGGAUCAGAGCGACAGUCACGCAGCAGCUGAACGAGGUCAGGCGGCGCUUGCAAACGCUUGCCUCAGUUUCCGGGCCAGCAUUGAGUUAGAAGGUUCCCAUCAGACCGGAGAACCACCCGAGCAGCUGACCAAGCAGGCAUGGUGGAAGGAUCAUUUAGAUGCAGAAAACAACAAAAAGGUCAAGCAUGAAGCUCCUGAGCCCAAACCAGCGGUUGAGUCACCUGAGGGUUCUGCAGACGGAAAGAAGCUGGUGAGAGGCAGAGGAGCUCCGGCCAGAGGCGUCCCUACAUCCACAGCGAAGACCUCUGCUCCUACACGAGUCAACAGGACAGCCACAGCAGCCAAACACACGCCUCAAGCUGCUCAAGGCAGGACAGGAUGGCAUUUGGUUGCCAAGAGUGAUGGAGCUGGAAAGACAGCAGGCAAAUCGAGCAUUAAAGCUCAAACAUCUCCUUGUAAAUCUAGGCAGGAGCACAGCCCUCUUCAAGAUAAACCAGUGACUUCAGCAGUGGAGGUUGGCAAGCAGGACAAUGACAGCACAGUCUCAACAGCUCUGAAUGAGAAGUCCUAUUUGCCUCGGCUUGGCUUAGCCAGAGCUCUGGCGCGAAACGCCGACUCACAGAAACAAGCAUGUCAUUUUUACCGGGAGGUCAUUGACGUGGCACCAGAGGUGCAUGAUGCGUACAUUGAGCUGGCCAAUCUGCUGUUGAAGGAUGAUCCUCUGGCUGCUGUGGACGUUUACAGUCGAUUCCCACUGAAGCCUGUAUGUGAACAAACCUUUGAUGAUGCUUUCAUAACAGGAGAGAUUGUGCAUAUUCUGAUGAAACAUGAACUGUAUGAGCAUCCUCAGCUACUGCCCAACCUGAUCGCACAUGGGAAAGUCAUGGGGCUUGGAUGCCUUGAAAAAUAUAUUGAAGCACUUGAAGGGAAGUUCAUGACCAGUCUUCUGAGGAGAGUUUAUGCUGGAAUUCAUGACAAAUCAGUGGACAAUGAGGAGCUGCAAGACUUCUUCAGAUUCAAGUGCUGGAUAUGAUCUCCUUAGUGUGGGACUGUCCUUUAUAUGCCUUUUUAAAUCCACCAUAAACAGAUGUUUUGGUCUAAACCCAUUCUGGCAUUGUCUGGCAUGUAUUUUUAGUCAGUGUGAAACAGGAUACUCAUCAAGAAACAAAGUCAGGUGGGACAACAGAGAACUGACUGGAUGUUGAAAAGUCAGCAUUACAGAAAGAGAGGAAGAGCAAAUUGUUAUAGCUUGAAAAAAGAUUGCAAAGACAAAAUGUAUAUUUCUGAUUA